GGCUAUAUAUAAACCAAAUGAAAUUCAAGACACUUACAAAUGGAAUGUGUACAGACAGGAUAAUAAUUUUUGGUUAAAUUCAAAAAAGUAACAUUCUAACGAGUUGAAUUUUUUUUACACAGUAUCAUUAACACUUCUCAUCAGUUUGACGCAGUAAAUAGCCUCCCCUUCCCCUACACCGUGACAGCUGUACAACUAAUCAAGCAUCAUUUCAACGCUAAAAUUCAUCACACUCAACGGCAAACUAUACUGAAGUCUGAGUUACAAUGAGAAAUGGAAUAUUGCUUAUUACUAUAGCUGAAUUAUCAUAUUUAUCGUUCUCCUAUGUCCAGUGUAGCCUAAUUUCUUCAAAUUAUACAAUCCAUAGAAGUAAUAAGACAACAUCAAGUCACGACAAUGAACAUACUGGUCAUAGCAGUGAUAUAGUUGUAGCAAAGUGGGAAUUCUCUGACUUUGAAAUACACAUCGCUGUUAUGCUAUUUUUAUUAAUCAUGAUACUUAUUAAAAUGUCAUAUCAUCGUGUACCAUAUAUAUCUGCCUACAUUCCAGAAUCAUUUGUUCUCAUCGUCAUUGGUAUUAUCUUCGGUUCAGUUGUUCGCUAUGGGAUUGAAAAAGGUGUCACGAAAAAAACUGUCUGGAAGUUAACACCAUCACUGUUCUUCACCUAUUUAUUACCCCCGAUAGUUUUAGAAUCAGCGUAUAGUUUAUAUAAUAGAACAUUUUCUGAAUAUCUUGGAGUUGUUCUCCUAUUCGCUGUACUUGGUACAAUAUUUAAUUUUUUAAUUAUUGGAUUUAUGAUGCAUAUAUUAUGCCAGUUGGGUGCAUUUGGAGAACCUCAGUUAGAUUUUGAUGUGAAAGGCUUCCUGCUGUUUAGUUCAUUGAUUGUUGCUGUUGAUCCUGUUGCUGUAUUAGCGAUAUUUCAAGAUAUUGGUGUAGAACUGGGCUUAUAUUAUAUUGUAUUUGGUGAGUCAUUGUUAAACGACGCUGUAACUGUUGUCUUAUAUGAUAUUAUGGAUGCAUUCACUGGGAAAGAAUAUGUGUCUGGUAAAGAGAUUGGCAUUGGGAUAGCAUCAUUUUUUACAGUAAGUCUUGGUGGACUACUAAUCGGUGUCUUAUUCGGAAUUAUCACAUGUCUAAUAACUCGAAUCAAGAGUCGUUUAAAUGCUUUUACAUUAUUACUGUUGGCUUACUUCUCCUAUAUCAUGGCUGAUUGUGUUGGUUGGUCGGGGAUUAUUUCAAUGAUUGGCUGUGGACUUGUUCAAGCUGCCUAUGCCUUUCAUAACCUGGAUCGACAUUCAGUUACAAUGGUGAGAAAUCUGACAAAAGUUGUCUCUGAGAUGAGUGAGUCUGUCAUCUUUUUAUUUCUAGGCAUUGAAGUUGUGUCUACAAAACUUGUCUGGCAUACUGGGUAUAUACUUUGGGCAUUAGUAUGGUGUUUAAUAGCUCGUGCUGUUGUUGUCUUCCUGAUGACGGCUGUGAUUAAUCGUGUCGCUUUUUCUCAAACAAAAAUAAGCUUUACACAACAGAUAGUGCUUAUCUAUGGUGGACUGAGAGGUGCUGUAGCCUUUUCAUUGGCAAUCUUAAUUAUGCCGAAUAAACUAGGCCCAAAUGGUGUAUACAAUCGUGAAUUGAUUGUAACUACUACACUAUUUAUUAUUUUAUUCACUGUUGGUUUUAUGGGGAUAACUAUGAAACCGUUAGUCAAAUUAUUAAAAAUACGUAUGGAAGCCAAACAAAAACUCAGCCUAUUCGAUUCAUUAAAUGAUGGAAUCUUUGAUGAAACACUUGCUGGAAUUGAAAUUCUUGUUGGUUCCAAAGGUCGUAAUCUAAUGCGCGAUUUUAUCCUACGCGUUGAUGAGAAAUAUCUACGUAGAUUUCUUCAACGUGAACCAGAUACAUAUGAUCAAAAAAUGUUGAAAGUCUACGAGAAGAUUGCACUGAAACUGCAUUAUGCUACAAUGCGUCCGAGUAAAACUGAAACUAUUCUAAAGGAUAUACCAGAAACACUGAAAUAUCGAUUUUUAACUUCGCAUAUUUCAACUGUUUCAAUACCUGGUCUUUUAAGUGCUAAUUGUUCAAUGGUAAAUCUACCUAAUGCGAAUAAAUUAACUAUCCCGAAUAAUUUACCGAAAAUGUCUAUAGAAGCAAUGAAGGACACAGAAUCUCCAAUAAGUGGAACAACACGUCGACGAUCAUCAACGAUAACUUCAGAUACAAAUUUAGCUCCAGAAGUGAAACAAUUCCUUCGAUAUGCACGUAGACCAAGUUUAGCACCGAAAGAGAAACGACAACUUGACUUUGAUGAAGCCUUUUUAGAUGUCAUGAAAUCACGUAGUCGUGCCUUGAAGCAUCAUAUUCAACAGCCUAAUCUAGAACGAAUUAAACUUCCAGUGAAUGGAGCCAAUAAUCAUGCUUAUAUGAAUGAAGAAGAAGAAUUAGUGAGUAAAUUGAAAACACUUCAUGAAGAUGAAGUUGAUGAAUAUGCAGAAAAAUCGGUUGAUAGUAUAGAUUUAGGCAAAAUGGUAAAAUUUGAUGUUGGACCGAAUGAAUCUAUCUAUCUAAAAACAGAAAUUCAUAAUGAUACGAAUGAUCACGAUAAUAACGAUGCUAGUGAUGACGAAAAUUGUCAUCGUCUUUAGAUGAAAAUCUGCUUCAGGUCUUCUUGUUUUGUAGGCAGAUUGUAUAAUGUGGCGACAGCUGUUUUAUCAUUCUCUUUCCUACUAUCAAUUCCAGUGCUUCCAUUUGAGUAUUUCAGAAACGUAUACAAACAAACCUACGACAUAGAUUGUUCGACAUUAUGAACAUUUUAACCAUUUUGCCUAAAAUCAUGUGCUUAGUUUCUAUCAAUCAUCUGGAAUGUCAAAUCAUUUCAUAUUAAACUGCGGCCAUUUUUCAGUCAAUUAUUUACUAGUCUACGAUAUUUUUUGUCGGAUUAGAAUGUGAAAUAUGCAUAGAUAUGCACCAUUGCUAGCACGCACGCACGCACACACACACACACACGCAUACCCACACACAUAAAAUUGCACAUUAACAAAGUAUGCAUCAGUAAACUACAGUUCAUGCUCACUUUUCAAUUAUACUUACCGCAUACAAAUAAUUAAUUGUACAUAAAGUUGAUUGAUCAAUUAAAACAAACCUACGAUAAAAUAUGGUUGUCUGUUUCAACUUUUUGAAAAAAAGGAGAAAAAUAUAUAUUUAUUUUUAAUUAUUUUUUAUUCUAUACAUAUAUUCGUUUUCUAGUUAUUCAGAAAGUUUUUUCAGAAAAAAUGCAGACUUUCGCCUAUACAUAUAUAUAUAUAUAUCUUUGUUUCAUUUAUCUGCUUCAAUCAACCAUUGAACAUUGAAUAAUGAUUGACACGUAUUGUAUAUGUAUUGAAACAUUGAAAAAA